GGUGGUGCCAAUUUGGGUAUCUCUACCAGGUUUACCAAUUCACUUGUUUAAUUGUGAUAGUCUUCGGGACAUACUGAGCCCGAUUGGCAAAAUUUUGGUGAUUGACAACCCCACUCUGCAAUUGGCGGGACCUGGUGUGGCCAGAGUUUGCGUUGAGGUGAAUCUACUGGCGGAAAAUCCUUCUCGCUUUUGGCUGGAUUUUGGGGGUUCGAGUGGGCAGUGGCAGAGGAUUGUCUAUGAGAAGGGAGUGAAGUAUUGUACAAGUUGUUUGAAACAAGGGCAUACUGAUAUUGAUUGUCGUAGAAGUAAAUCUGGAAAAGAUAAUAAAGAAGAUAAUCUGGUCAUAGAAGGUGGGAGGGAAAUUAAACAGUCCUCUGUUCUUAAUUCUCAGAAGGAGAUAGGGGAGGAAAUACACACAAGGAAUGGAAAGUUGUUAAAGGAAAAGGGGUUGUAAAUAAGUCUGACUUAAAGCACAAUACGUUGGGGGGAGUGGUUAAUGAUAGUAUUGCAGGGAAGAAGAAGGGGAAUUUGUUUGAUAUUAUUAGAGAUGAGCAGGUUGUUGAUAAUGCCUUGAAAAGGAAGGAGGUUAUGAUGGAAAUGGGAAAUGUUGAAGGUCAAGAUGCUGGUAAAAGAGGGAAGGAGUUAUUAGAUCUGGAGUAUGAGGAAGUUUUUAAUGUACAAGUUGGACGUUCGAGUACCUGUAUUGGAAAAAAGAGAUCACCUACUAAAAAGUGUUUUGCCGGAGAUUUCUGGGAGGACAGAUUGACCAAGGAAGGGAUUCCUGAGAAUAAGGAGAAUGAGGUACAGAAUUCUGGUCCUAUUGAUGUGGAGUUAGCAGCUGGGAAUAAUGUCAGUACUGAUGAAAUUGUGGAGUCUUUAAAUAGGGAGGAAGUGGUGGAGAAGAUUGCUAGUGUUAAGAUGGUAGAUACUGUCCCUCUUCAAAUUUGUUUGCGGAAUAAGCAGUGUUCUACAGAAUUUGGUGAUACAUUUUGGGUGGAUAGACAGUUUGCAUGUAGGGAUGGAAUUGAUAUAUCUAAGGAUGAUGAAAGAGGUUUGAUAGCGUUGAAGGUGCCACCUGAUAAAGGGUAUUUCUCUGAUCAGGGGGGGUACUAG